AUGCUCGGACGAACAACUCUUGUCAGCAACAGCUGGAAUGGUGACUAUCACACCAUUGGCUUUGGUAACUAUGGCUAUGGCAUCUAUACACAAGAUAGUGGAAUGUAUGUCAAUCCAUGGAAUGGACAUGUUGGUGUUGAACGAGAAGUGGACUUCACUCCACUAGAUGCACUUCACUUCCAACCAUACACUGGUGUUCCUGCAUCCAUUCGUCAACACUAUAUCAGUUAG